AGCCGGGUUUCUUUGCAGAGACGCGGUCCCGUUCACAGCGGAUCCCAAUGCAACUGCUCAUCCUCCUCCUCCUCUACGCUGUCGUCUGUGCGAACUUUUGCAGCCGUCAGGGCACCACUGCCCCUGCCCAGAGCGGAUCUAUAAAAGCCUUGCGGUCCUCGAAUAUCAGGCGAGAUGAGAGCAAUCACCUCACAGACUUGUACCGAAAAGAAGAGACCAUCAGCGUGGCAGGGAACGGCUGCAUCCACAGUCCUCGCUUCCCCAGCAGUUACCCCAGGAACCUCCUGCUGACAUGGCGGCUCCACUCCCCGGAGAGCACCAGGAUCCAGCUGGCUUUUGAUAAUCAGUUUGGACUGGAGGAGCCUGAAAAUGAUAUCUGCAGGUAUGACUUUGUGGAAGUAGAAGACGUAUCAGAGACCAGCACGGUUAUACGAGGACGGUGGUGUGGACACAAGGAAGUACCUCCAAGAAUAACAUCAAGAACAAAUCAGAUAAAGAUAACCUUCAAAUCCGAUGACUACUUUGUGGCUAAACCUGGAUUCAAGAUUUGUUACUCCCUUGUGGAUGAUUUCCAGCAUGCAGCCUCAGAAACCAACUGGGAGUCAGUCACAAGCUCUGUCUCAGGGGUAUCCUAUCCCUCUCCAUCAGUGACUGACUCUACGCUCACGGCAGAAGCACUGGAUCAGACCAUUGCUGCGUUUGACACGGUGGAGGAUCUGCUCAAACACUUUAACCCAGACUCCUGGCAAGAAGAUCUUGAGAAUUUGUACACAGACAGUGGUCACCACUAUCGAGGCAGGAGCUACCACGACAGGAAGUCCAAAGUUGACCUGGACAGGUUGAAUGAUGAUGUGAAACGUUACAGCUGCACUCCAAGAAACUACUCUGUCAAUUUAAGGGAGGAACUGAAGCUGACAAAUGUGGUUUUCUUCCCCCGCUGCCUCCUUGUCCAGCGUUGCGGAGGAAACUGUGGCUGUGGGACUUCGAACUGGAAAUCCUGCACAUGCAUGUCAGGGAAAACAGUGAAAAAAUAUCAUGAGGUGCUGAAAUUCAUCCCUGAGGCUGGGCAUCCCAGAAGAAAAGGCAGAACCAGGAACAACAUGGCCUUAGUAGAUAUACAGCUGGAUCACCAUGAGCGUUGUGAUUGUAUCUGCAGUUCAAGACCACCCCGAUAA